AUGCCUAAUAUCACCUCUGUCGAUGAGUGGUCGGCUGUUCUGCGCCUCGCCACCGAGUGGUCGUUCGACGGCAUCCGCAACCUCGCCAUUGAACGUCUCGAGCUGAUCGCUAGCCCUACCGAGAAGAUUGCUCUGAGCCAUUCACACUCGAUUGCUGGUUGGCUUUCGGCAGCAUACAUCUCGCUGUGUCAGCGUCCCCACCCACUUACGGCUGCAGAGAUCAGGGCUAUUGAGGCGGAAGACGUCGAGGUGGUGAUGUCUGUCCGGGAGACUGUGCUUCGUGCAGUGCAGCCGUCC